CUCCCUCCUCAACAAAGAAAAUGUCAUGGCCAAAACACCAAUGGAGUAUCUCAAGUACUCUUCUUCUGAUCAGUUCCAUUCUUUUGUUCAUUUCAUUUUCAUCACCGAUUAGAGCUAACUUGACAGAUAAACUGGACCAAACAUUGGUGCCAGAAGAACCAGAUACUGAAAUAAAGUGUGAAACAUACCCUUGUAUGAACCCGUGCGCCCAGCAGCAGCCUCCUCCACCACCACCACCACCACCUCCUCCUCCUCCUCCGCCACCACCAAUGAAUCCUUGUUGUACUAUUCCAUUACCCCCACCUCCUCCGAGGUUCACUUACGUGACAAGCGAGCCCGGGGAAGUGUAUGAUACAGAAACAACCACAUGGUUCUAUGCUGGUGCCAAAAAGAAUGUAGCUCUAAUUACAGGGCCGCUUUUGGUUUCUUCUGCAUUACUCCAACUGAUGCUGUUGUUCAGGUGAACUCAUAUAGUGUAAUCUCAUAUGCUCCCUAAAUUAGGAACACAGAAUCAACAUUUCACUGCUACAACACUCUAGUUUUUUAAUUGACCUAAUCAUCGAAGCGAUAUUGAUCUUUAAAGCAUGGUUUACCUUUUUUGGGUAUUUUUCAUAAAUCCAUAGCCUUUUUUACCUGCUGGAGAAAUAUAUUAAGGAAAUAGAACAACAUCAUACUUAGCAAGCUAUUUCAUCAUCAUUUAAACAUCUUUAACACAAAAAUUGACAAACAUGAUACAGAUUGCAAAGAAUGAAAAAGAUGCAGAGCCAAAAGAGAGAAUUUAUAUUAGCACAGUUAAUUCACAUAACAAUUCUGUCUUAUUUGUCUCUCAAUGUACACUCCGACUCAAAGCAUGAAAACACUUGAGUCUUUGCAAUAACUUAAUUUCCCAUCAAAUUUCCAAGUAUGGCUCCAUUUGAAGAUAUCCAAUGACGAGAGAGCAAUGACAGUUAUUUGAUCCAGGUAUGUAUAACCCGCCUGUCCAUCAAUACCAUAUCUUCCACUCAAAUUAUCAUAACACAACGUAACCAAUAAGCAGGCAUCUGUAAUGAACUGGCGGAA